AUGAACCCAACCCCGUCCAUUGCAAUCAUCGGCGGCGGACCAAGUGGUCUCCUCUUCGCUCGCCUUCUCGAGAUCAACGGGAUCACCGACUACGUCGUGUACGAGCGCGAUGAGUCCGCUAUUCCAAGUCCGUGGCAGCAAGGAGGCACACUUGACCUCCGCCCCUCCUCAGGUCAACUGGCGCUCCGCCGCGCCGACCUGUUCGAUCAGUUCAGCAAGUUCGCUCGCUGGGAUGCUUCGUGCUUUCAUAUGCUCUACCCAGACGGGACUACCGCAAUCCGCCAUGACCAGGAAAGAGAUGCUCCCGAGAUCGACCGUCUGCACCUCCGUCAGCUGCUCCUGGAGUCGAUUCCGGCGCACAAGAUCCGGUGGGGUCAUGCUGUCAGGGCCGUCGAAAGGAGAGAAGCCGAUGGCAGUCAAGCUGGUAGUGAAGAUGGUGAUAUAGUCAUUCAUUUCCUGAAUGGAACCAUUGCGUCUGGAUUUCGGUUGGUAGUGGGGGCAGACGGGGCUUGGAGUAAAGUGCGCCCUUUGAUAACGGCAGCGAAGCCCGUAUACUCAGGCAAAAUGUUCAUCGAAGGCCGCUUAACACAUGACAACCCUGGCUACGCCAUCGCCAAAGAGCUCGUGGGCCCCGGAAGCAUGUUCGCAGCCGGGCACCACAAGAAGCUGGCCGUGCAGCGAGUCUCAAACGGUACAUACCGUGUAUACUUCGGGCUGCAAGCCCCCGAAGACUUCUAUCACCACCGCGAGUGCAGCAGCGGACCCUCCGGGGACGAAGAUCGCAACAACCGCACGGAGCAACUGCGCAGCCUGCUACUCUUGUCGGACGAAUACUUUGCCACCUGGGGGCCGCAGCUGAGAAAGUUCGUCGAGACCGCGGAGGGGCCCUUCCGUGCCUGGCCGCUGUAUCGGAUGGACCCCGAGAAGCUUUGCUGGAGUGGAAAGACCCCCGGGUUAACGUUGCUGGGGGAUGCAGCGCAUGUCUCGACACCAUUUGUGGGAGAAGGUGUCAAUUGCAGCUUGUAUGACGCUGUCGUGCUGGCUGAUAGCAUUGUCAAGCAUUGCGGUGACGGUGCGGGAUUCGAUAGUUCGAGUGCAGAAAAGUUGAACCGUGCUCUAGAGGAAUAUGAGGAAGACAUGUUAGCGCGAGGACGAGAUCUGAUUGAGCGCAGCACGGCGAUGGAGAAGGUAUUCUUCUCUGAGGACGCGGUGACAGGAGUUCUCGAGUUCUUCAAGAGUUUCAGUGAGAAGUCUGAGUAGAGACAUGGGUGG